ACCAAUCUAAAAAAAAAUUCUCUAAAUACAUUUUCAAUCCCAACUGAACGGAUAAUUAGAUAAUAGUUCAAAAUAGGACACUCAUCCUAAAUUCUCUCUGUCACUUUGAAUUAAAUGUGAUAUCCCAGUGAAGCCCAGCAGGACGUCUAUGGUUUCAAAUGGGCCGAGUAAAACAUCUGUACUUUUCACUUAGGUCAUCUACGCUCCCUCUGAUGGCGAUGCAGAUCUGGUGUGGACGAGGAGCCUGCAAUGGCUCCCUGGAGUUUUCACGGAGGCCGCCCAUAUUGGAGCCAUUUCCUGUCUCAGGAGUGGGCAAAAGGCUUGACCCCUGGUGCCCCCUUUCUAUGAUUCGGCAGGAAGUCUUGAACAAUGGGACCCCUCGGCAGGUCCUGCGUGCUGGAUCACGACAUACAUCGCCGAUAUGCCGGGGACUUCAAGUUGCCCUGUCGCGACAGCUGCGCUCACUGUGCUUCUAGUGUGUGUGUCGUCUUUCAACGUGGACCAGAAGAAUAGCUUGUCCUUCAAUGGCCCGCUGGAAGACAUGUUUGGAUACACCGUCCAGCAGUUUGAAAACAGUGAGGGCAAAUGGGUUCUGAUUGGAUCGCCGCUGUCGGGCCAGCCGGCAAAACGAACUGGCGACGUCUACAAGUGUCCCGUGGGCAAGGGGGACAGCACUUGUGUUAAACUCGAGCUGCCAGAAAACACCACCGUUCCCAAUUUACACGAAGUCAAGGAGAACAUGACCAUGGGAACCACGCUCGUGACCAAUCCCAGCGGCGGAUUCUUGGCGUGUGGUCCUCAGUACGGCUACAUGUGCGGUCAGCAGCAGUACAUCUCGGGAGUUUGCGCCAACGUCAGCUCGUCCUUCCAAGUUCUCAACUCGGUGGCGCCGGGCGUUCAAGAAUGUUCCAAAGAGCUGGACAUCGUGAUCGUCCUGGAUGGCUCCAACAGCAUCUACCCUUGGACCAGCAUCAUCGACUUCCUGGUCCACUUCAUCGAGAACAUUCAGAUCGGUCCCAAACUCUCGCAAGUGGGCAUCGUGUCGUACGGCGAGACGGUCACCCACCGCGUCAACCUGAGCCAGUUCGACAACACCGACGCCUUGCUGGAUUUCGUACGCGAGCUCCCGCAACAGACCGGUUUCAAAACAAUGACUUUCCUGGGCAUCGACACUGCCAGGAGGGAAGCGUUCAUGCCUGAGAGAGGGGCGCGGCCCGACGUCAAGAAAGUCAUGGUGAUCGUGACCGACGGAGAGUCGCACGACUUCCACAACCUCAACCCGGUCAUCAAUGACUGCGAGGAAGAUGGCAUCGAGAGGUUUGGAAUUGCUGUUCUGGGCGACUACAACCGACAGAACAAGAGUGCCGAGGAGGUACAGAAGUUCAUCGGGGAGAUUGCGUCCAUUUCCAGCCUGCCCCUACGUGACCACUUCUUUAACGUGUCGGACGAGGUGGCGCUGUUGACCAUCGUGGACGCGCUGGGCAGCAAAAUUUUUGCCCUGGAAGCUACGACCGGCAAUUUCACCUCGUCCUUUGACAUGGAAAUGUCGCAAGCCGGUUUUAGCGCUCACGCUUCCAAAGAAGGCUUGCUACUGGGAGCGGUGGGAGCGUACGACUGGAACGGCACGGUGAUCACGCAAACCGACAAAGGAGCCAUUUAUCCGGCGAAGAACAACUUCUUUGACCCAGAAAAGGAAGUCGGUUAUGAAAGACUGGCAGGCUACCUUGGUUAUGACGUGCAGUCGGCGUCCACCCCGAACGGGGUCUUGUACAUCACGGGGGCGCCGCGGUACAACCACACGGGCCGCGUCGUCAUCUACCGGCUGGAGGACAAGGACGUUGUCGUCUCGCAGACGCUUGGAGGGGAACAGAUCGGUUCGUACUUCGGCAGCGUCUUGCAGACUCUUGACGUGGACGGGGACUCGUACACAGAUCUCCUGCUGGUGGGCGCUCCCAUGUUCAUGGGCUCCGACAGAGACGAGCAGGGUCAGGUGUACGUCUACAAGCUCAAGCAGGACGGCCGCUUUGCCUACGAGUUCACGCUAAAGCCCGUCAACCAGUCAUGCUGCAGCGCUAGCUCAUCGGGUUGCACGCACAAAAACGAGCCGUGCGGCGCCCGAUUCGGCACGGCCAUCGCCGCCGUGUCCGAUCUCAACCUGGACGGCUUCAACGACGUGGCCAUAGGAGCUCCCUUCGAAAACGACCACAGAGGCGGCGUGUACAUCUACCACGGCGACAGCAAGCGCUCGCUCAAGGAGAAGUUUGUGCAGCACAUCCCGGCGGGCGGAAACGAUGACAAAAUGAAGUUCUUCGGUCAGUCUAUACACGGGGUCAUGGAUCUGAAUGGAGACGGAAUCACUGACGUGACCAUCGGGGGUCUCGGCGGGGCCUCGUUAUUCUGGUCCAGAGACGUGGCGGAACUCCGAGCCAACAUGACCUUCGACCCGGCCAAGAUCAACCUGCAGCAGACCGAAUACCAAUGCGAACACCUGGGACGCAAAUCCGUGUGCGUUGAAACUCAAGUGUGUUUUGUCUACAGCGUCAAAUCCGACAAGCAGGAUCUUAAAACCCAAGCAGUGAUUCGUUAUAACCUCACUCUGGAUGCUCUGCGGGCGAAAGCCAGAGCUUCGUUUCGCGACUCGGACGAAAAGAGCGACCGGCGGAUUUCUAGAACCGUCUCAGUGUCGGACCGGCAGAGGAAGUGCGUGAUGGAGACGUUUGUGAUGUCGGCUCGACUGGACUUCCGAGACCCUCUCAUGGUAUCGCUGGAUUUUGAACUGGCCGAUGAAGACCAAGGCCCAGUCCUGGACGACAGCCUCCCCACGUCCAUUAACAAAACGAUUCCUUUGGUGGACUGCGGCAACGACCAGCGUUGCAUCGCCGACCUCGCCCUCCAAGCCGAACCCAGCGUGACAAGGUUGGUGAUCCGAGCCAAGAAGGACAAACUGGACGUGAACAUCCGCGUGAAAAACACCAAAGACAACGCUUACAACACUAAAGUGGUCAUCAGCUUCACGCCAAACAUCAACUACGUCAAAGUGGAGCCGGAAAAAGACUGCACUCUAAAUCACACCAAAGUGGAAUGUGCGGUGGGGUACCCCUUCCUGGGGAGCAAUGUGGAGGAAUCUUUCAAAGUGAAGUUUGAGGUGAAUCCUAAUCACAUUCAUCACAACAUCCAGAUCAACGUCACAGCCACGAGCGACAGCGAAGAGCUGCCCUCCACCCUCAAGGACAACACGGUGCUCAUCUCCAUCCCUGUCAAGUACGAGGCCGGCCUAGUGUUCACCGUGCGUCCAGUGGACGAGCACGUGGUGGUGAAAGAGGGCGAGCAGUACUUGGCUGUGUUCAACGAAACCCGCGUGAUCGGCGAGGAGGUCAACAUCAGCUACACGAUCGAGAAAGCAGGCGAUAUGGUGACCCCUCCUCUCGACCUGAAGGUGACCUACCCUGAGCUGUCGCCUCGUAAUAAUUACUUGCUGUACUUGACGCACAUCGUCACCAGCCCGCAGAUGAAAUGCGACGCGGCCGCUUUGAUCAACCCUCUUAAUCUCAACCCGGAUGUGGUGAAACCCAGCCCAAACAGAGAAACGCUCAGCAUUUUUCUUCUGAACUGCGAGAACCUCCCGUGCGCCUCAUUCAAAUGCUUCAUCCCAGAAGCCAAAGUCAGCCAGGUCAACGUUACCUUCCGAGUGUGGAAGCCCACAUUCAUCAAAGCGGACUUUUCCAGCCUGUACAUGUUGGUGAACGCCACUUUGGGGAGCAGAAACACCGAUCUGUUUGUGCUGAGCGCCGCUGACAGCACCAGGACUAUGAAGAUCCAAGUCUCCAAGGAGAGUUUAGGAGGAAUCCCUAUAUGGAUCAUCAUCAUCAGCAUCCUCAUAGGUCUGCUCAUCUUAGCGCUAGUCAUCUUUGCGCUAUGGAAGAUGGGCUUCUUUAAGAGAAAAUCCCGGGAGUUCUCCAAGGAGGAAAUGAUGGAUUGAAGCUUACACACGAACAGGAAGUGAGCACCACUUCUGGAGUCACUUAAAAAAAAAACAAAAAAAAAACACUCGAGUGUAUGACAACACACAACGAACUACCUUGGAGUAAAAAAAAGCCAUUUAACGGAGCCCAUUGCUGACACGGGCAAAGUCCAUGUUUGCUUUUGGACUGUUAUGCACUUCAUUUAAAAAAAAAAAAAAAAAAAGCACUUUUUUGCUAUGAACAUCCAAACAUCACCAUUUGUGUAUUGUACAGAGACAUCCAAAAUGGCCGCUUCAAUCCCCAACGUUGUUUUAUUCCAAACGUGAGUCCUUGUGACUUUUUGGAAAAGUGAGCGUGAGAAACGUGUCCAUCACUGCUCACAGCUUUAAUGAAAUCCACGAUUACUGGUGCGGUCAAUUUUUUUUUUUUUCUGGUGUGGCCACAGGUUGCCCCGCCCCAGAAACACUGUAUGUAUAUUUGAGCAAGCAUGCUAGCAGCACGGCACAUUUCUUAACAUUCUGAUUUAUAUUUUAUUUUGCCAAAAAAGAAAAAGCAGAAAAAAAUAACUAUUUUUGUGUAAGUUGUGUGGCCUUGUUCUUUAAUCCCACAACCUUCUAGUGUGCUGUAAAUAUCACAAAACUGAAUAUACAAAAUGUACAUAAAUGUAUCUUUUUGGUUGGUGUUGUUGCAGUAAUUUAAAAGAUGUCGCCCACAAGCCUUACUAUGUUUUUGCGCUCAGGUAUUAUCACAUAUAUAAUAUCAUAGACACUAAUUACACAUGGACAAAGCAGAGGCGAAUUACGGAUUUGUGUAAAUAUGAAACAUGGAUUUAUUUUAAGCAGGAAAUGAACGUACAGCAGAAUUUCUCAAGUUUAUUUUCUGUCGGCAUAAUGUAUGAGCGUGAUCAGCCAAUGUGACACCUAAGUAAGCAUCGUACCCAUCAUUUUUUUUUUUUAAACUGUUUUACUUUCCACAUUGAAGCACAACUUGUUUGUACAGAAGGUCAUUUAUGAAAACUUUGUGACCGUUUUUGCCUGUUUGCAGAGAUAGACUCAACGUGGUCUGGAAUCACAUGUUUUGUUUUAUAGGAUCUCAAAGCAAAACCACACUGCUGUGAAGUCUUCAAUGUGAUGAUGCACUGAUUUGUUUUGUCAGGCUGUCUCGCUUUCUGGUCAGCACACACAAACUGAAUGAAUGCUCUGGAGGAAAUAAAAGCUUUGCUAAUUGCAUGUUUUGACAAACAGAGCAUUAGUUUAUUUGUAAAGGAAGAAUGUUGGUGACAGGUAUAGUUUUACAAUAUCUGGAUGUAUGAGGAUUUUGUAAAUAAUAAUACUGUGUUCUUUAUGCCAAAUAUUUUACACUUUUUAUGUUUAUUAUGUGUGAUAUACAAAUAUUUCUGCUAGAAUCUACAUAUAUUUUCAAGUUUACUGUUUGUAUUAUACCUAAUAAAUGCAUAAAUGAGUCCUAUUUAUGAAA